CACGGCCCCAACCGUCAACCGUCGUUUCGACGUCGUGGACACUUUCUUUACCCCGGGCGGAACACGUCCACCAAUCGCGGAAACACAGAGUACAUCGGUCGCGAGCCAGCAAAAAAACCCGUUUUUUUUAACCCCCGAAAGGGCUACGGGCGUAUCAGGCUGGGGAAGUCUAUCUUCGGUGAUCGUGAGUCGCGUGCGAAAGUGAUAAUCUUUGUGGUGUGUAUCGUCGUCUCGUUGAUUGGAAAGGUCGUGGUACGAGUACACCAGGCCGCGAGGAAAGGAAAUUGGAACACUCUCCAUAGAGAGCCUUUCGCCUGGAGCGCAUCGACUCCGAAACACCGACCAGUCUCCGGGCCACUUCCGUCGUUGCAGGCGUCCCCCAGGCCGGACCACGAGAGGACGACGAAUUUCCUCUCGAGAAAAGUCGCGCGAGAGGGCCAGGAGGGUGUAUAAGUCGCUGCGGCGUCGGCGGCGGGCAUAAACGGUGGUAGCCGGGGGGAGCAGAAGAGCUGGGUCGUGAGGGGUCCGCGUAGCGUAGCGUUUGGGUGUGAUGUGGUGGAGCCCCCCGGGGGGCCGCGGGGGCAGGAGGUUCGUGGCAGAUCGGUCGUGAGGGCCCCAGGCACGGCUCGGUUGCCCCGCGGCGAGGUCGCCGGAGGGGCGGAGGAGGAGGUAGGAUGGUGUGACCUCCGGCGUUAUCCCGCCCGACGCGGAGGUGGUGUCGGAGGUGGCGGAGGCGGUGGCGGAGGAGGCGGAGGAGGUGGAGGAAGUGGCGGCGGAGUCGAGCAGCUGCUCCUCGACUCGGAGGAGGAGGAGCCGACGGCGAUGUCGAGGCAGCUUCGCGGUGAAUGGGACCACGUGAGCCAGCGCGACCUCCGCGACCUUCGGGACCUGCACGACAUCAGGGAUCUACGGGAUCUGAGGGACCUCCGGGACGUCAGGGACGUCAGGGACGUAAGGGACGACAGGGAGAGACACGGUACAGGGCGACACCAUCGGGACGAGUACCUGGACUACGAUCACCAUCCUACCGCUGCGUCCACCUCGGCACUCACCAAAAAUCCGGGCUCGGCAGACUCGAACUACUCGCAGCCGAGCUCGGAUCUCUCGCUGGACGAGGAGAAGGAGAGCUUGCGUCGCGAGAAGGAGAGGCAGGCCCUCAAUCAACUUGAAAAAGCCAGGACGAAACCGGUAGCGUUUGCAGUGCGGACCAAUGUGAGCUAUGACGGAUCCGUCGACGACGAUUCGCCGGUGCAUGGCUCGGCAGUCAGCUUCGAAGUUCGCGACUUUCUGCACAUUAAGGAGAAGUACGACAACAACUGGUGGAUAGGCAGGCUCGUGAAAGAGAACUCGGACGUCGGCUUCAUCCCAUCCCCGGUGAAAUUAGAAGCCCUGAGGCAGCAGGCGAGCGCCGCGCGUGGCACAAAGGGACUGUACUCGGCGCGCGGGGGGUCUUCAGGGAACCUUGGCGAGAGUGGUAUGCCCUCACGUGGUUCCACACCACCUACACCAGGUGACGACAGCGACAGCGUCGGGAACGUGCGUGGCGGCAAGGCGACCUUGACGACGCCCCCGACGAAGGAGAAACGGAAGAACUUCUUCAAGAAGCCGGAAACAACCACGCCGUAUGACGUCGUACCUUCCAUGAGGCCGGUAGUCCUGGUGGGUCCUUCGUUGAAGGGUUAUCAGGUCACAGAUAUGAUGCAGAAGGCGUUGUUUGAUUUUCUGAAGCAUCGAUUCCAGGGCAGGAUAAUUAUCACCAGGGUGGCGGCUGACAUUUCGUUAGCGAAGAGGUCCUUGCUGAACAAUCCAACGAAAAGAGCGAUCAUGGAACGAUCUACCAGCCGGAGCAGCUGCCUGGCGAAGGUUCAAACGGAAAUCGAGAGGAUCUUCGAGCUUGCCAGGACUCUCCAGCUGGUAGUGUUGGACUGCGACACGAUAAACCAUCCGUCGCAGCUAGCGAAGACCAGUCUAGCGCCCACGAUCGUCUAUCUGAAGAUCUCGUCGCCCAAGGUGCUCCAAAGGUUGAUCAAGUCGCGGGGCAAGUCGCAGGUGAAGAACAUGAACGUACAAAUGGUGGCCGCUGAGAAGCUGGCGCAGUGUCCGUCGGAGAUGUUCGACGUGAUACUGGACGAGAAUCAAUUGGAGGAUGCUUGCAACCACGUGGCCGAGUACCUGGAAGCCUACUGGAAGGCCACACAUCCUCCGGUGACACCGACAGUUGCGCGACCGAUUCCAGCGCCUGACGCACCUGUGGACGCGCUUACACCUCGCGUGACAUCAGGGUCUGGAUCGUACAGCGGCGGACACGUGACCGAGGGCACGAGAAGAUCGCGACUGGAGAGGAUGGAUCGUGAUCGGGUGGAUCGCGGUGAACACGACUACGGCACCGAGGAGGAAUCGUACGUUGGUGGCGUCGAAUACGACAGUGCGUCGAGGCGUCGCCAGCAGCAAGACCCGCGCGCAUUGAACGCCAUUUAGGAACUGGGGCCCCGGGGCCUGUCGCUACAGCGCUGUCCCCACCUGCGCACCACUGCUCUUUAGUGGGGGUCGCCAUCUGGUACGCUACUGAACGUACGAAUUGCUUAAGCAACCUUAGCGAAUGGUGUCGCUCUGG